CGGCGCAGGGCUCUCAGUCGCGGCAGGCGCUGCUGAGCGGGCCGAGGGUGGCCAGAGGCGCGUUCGCAGGGCUCUGGGACUGCCAGAGCCGGCACAGGUCGGCGCGCGAAGCCGCGUCGGAGAGCACAGUACCGACCCACUCAGGCGCUUCGCCCCGCCCCGACGUCCGCGCCAGUGGCCUAACCUGCCCGACUCGCCGAACUUGCCUCAGCUCCCAGCGGCAGCAGGUGGCCCCGGACUCCCCGCCGUCGCCGCAGCCGAGGUGGGCCACGCGCCCCGGAGCCCUCGCGAGCGGGAUGGAUGCGGACGGGGACCUGGAGGAGCUAGCCCGGCUACGCUCCGUCUUCGCCGCCUGCGACGCGAACCGCUCCGGGCGCCUGGAGCGUGAGGAGUUCCGCGCGUUGUGCGCGGAGUUGCGCGUGCGGCCGGCCGACGCCGAGGCCGUGUUUCAGCGGCUUGACGCCAACCGCGACGGCGCCAUCACCUUCCAGGAGUUCGCGCGCGGCUUUCGCGGGGCCCUUCGCGGGGGUCCGCGCCGGGGCUGGGGACCGCGAGAGCCCGCGCCCGCCGCGGCCCAGGUGGGGUCCGACUCCGGGUCCGGCGAGGAGGACGAGGGCGACGAGGACACGGCAGCGGCUCUGGCCGCUCCCUGGGACCCGGCGAGCUCCGGCCAGGCUUGGCAGGACUUCCAGGCGAGACUCGGGGACGAGGUCAAGUUCAUCCCCAGAAAAGAGCAAGUCAGUACCUUGUAUCAAAACAUCAACCUCGUGGAGCCAAGACUCAUUCAACCAUAUGAACAUGUUAUAAAGAACUUUAUCCGUGAGAUCAAACUUCAGAGCACAGAAAUGGAAAACCUGGCCAUUGCAGUGAAGAGAGCCCAGGACAAGGCAGCCAUGCAGUUGAGUGAGCUGGAAGAGGAAAUGGAUCAGAGGAUUCAGGCUGCAGAACACAAGACACGGAAAGAUGAAAAACGCAAAGCUGAGGAAGCCCUCAGUGACCUCAGGCGUCAAUAUGAAACAGAAGUAGGAGACCUACAGGUGACUAUAAAGAAACUCAAGAAGCUAGAAGAACAAUCAAAACACAUAAGUCAGAAACAAGAUGUGGCUGCAUUAAAGAAACAAAUUUAUGACUUAUCAAUGGAAAAUCAGAAAGUUAAGAAAGAUCUUUUGGAAGCACAGACAAACAUAGCCUUUCUUCAGAGUGAAUUAGAUUCUUUGAAAAGUGAUUAUGCUGAUCAGAGUCUGAAUUCUGAAAGGGAUCUGGAAAUAAUCCGAGAAUACACAGAAGAUCGAAAUAGUCUUGAGAGGCAAAUUGAAAUACUCCAAACAGCUAACAGGAAACUGCAUGACAGUAACGACGGCCUAAGGAGUGCCCUUGAAAACAGCUGCAGCAAGCUCAGCAGAGCCUUGCGCAUAAAUAAUAUCUCACCAGGGAAUACAAUUUCUAGAAGCAGUCCUAAAUUAAAUCUUCAUUCUUCUCAACCUCUGGGCUAUGACAGAUCAUCUCGCUCUUCCUACAUGGAUGAGGACUGUGACUCGCUGGCCCUCUGUGAUCCCAUGCAGAGGAUGAAUUGUGAUGUUGACAGCCUGCCCGAGAGCUGCUUCGACAGUGGCUUGUCUACCCUGCGGGAUUCCAAUGAAUAUGACUCAGAGGUGGAGUACAAGCACCAGAAGGGAUUCCAGAGGUCGCACGGCAUGCAAGAGAGCUUUGGGGGUGAUGCUUCGGACACGGACGUUCCUGAUAUAAGGGAUGAAGAGACAUAUGGCUCAGAAGGCAUGGCUUCCAUCCUGGACUGGAAGCCCCCGGGAUCUGCUAGUGAAGGCAGUAUCAUUAGCUCUUCAAGAAAGCCCAUCUCGGCUCUUUCACCACAGACAGACAUGGUGGAUGAGAGCCAUAAAUCUUCCAGCUCACAGAAGGCUUACAAGAUUGUGCUGGCCGGGGACGCUGCAGUGGGGAAGUCGAGUUUCCUCAUGAGACUUUGCAAGAAUGAAUUUCGAGGAAACACAAGUGCUACCCUGGGAGUUGAUUUUCAAAUGAAAAUGCUGAUCGUAGAUGGAGAACGGACAGUACUGCAGCUGUGGGAUACAGCGGGCCAGGAGAGAUUCAGAAGCAUUGCCAAGUCUUACUUCCGAAGAGCAGAUGGUGUUUUGCUGCUGUAUGAUGUUACGUGUGAGAAAAGCUUUCUUAAUGUACGAGAAUGGGUAGAUAUGAUCGAGGAUGCAGCCCAUGAGAGCAUUCCUAUCAUGUUGGUAGGAAACAAGGCUGAUCUUCGUGACGCUGCUGAAGCAGAGGGACAAAAAUGUGUCCCAGGGUACUUUGGAGAAAAACUGGCCAUGACCUAUGGGGCAUUAUUUUGUGAAACAAGCGCCAAAGAUGGUUCAAAUAUAGUGGAAGCUGUUCUCCAUCUUGCUCGGGAAGUGAAAAAUAGAACUGAUGAGGAUGACAGCAAAUCCAUUACCAAUCUGAGUGGCACUAGUUCCAAAAAGUCAACCCAGAUGAAGAACUGCUGCAAUGGUUAACUCCAAAACGUCCUCGGCCCACGAAGCCUUCAUUCCCAGAGUACUGAAUGUACAUGACUUAUUUGCUUCUUACGUGAAGUGGUACAUCCUACAGACACUUGCGUGGAGAGUUACAGUGCGAGGAAUCUGAACUAUGUUCUUGGGUCCCUCCAGAAUCUCAGCUGUUUUUUGCUGUUUCGAUGAGUGAUUUGGGCCCCCUGGUUAAAUAUGCCUGCCUUAUCUUUAGAAAGUAUUUUUAUGCUCAGAUCAAAGCUGUAAAAGAAAUUCACUGACAUAAUUAGAUUCAUGUGGUAGAUGACAUUUACUUCCAAUAUUCAGUACUACUGGGUUGGCCACAAAGUUCGUUCAGGUUUUUCUCCAUUUUACAGGAAAACCCAAACAAACUUUUUGGUCAACCCAAUAGAAAACUAGUAAAAAGGGGUUACCUUCCUACCUUUGCUGUAAACUAGCCUUCUGGUCUUGAACCUAUCACCAACCCACAUUAGAUCCAUUUCCUCAUCUGUAAACGAGCAGCUUGGCCUUUGAGGCCUCAGCUCUCAGCUCUGAAGCUCUUUAAGGAGUGAGAAGGAGAGUGUGAUGGCCCACGGUUUAUAAGGACUCUGGUUGUUCAUCUUUUUAAAUAUUUAAGUAUCAAUUUUUCUCACUUCUUGUACAAGAACAGAAUUUAAUUGAGAAAAAAAUGGUAAUGUUUUAUGCUCCAGUGGAGAUAGAAAAAUCUAUUGUCUUAUAUAUAAAGAAAACAUUUGGGGGACAAAAAUAGUUUGUAUAUUAAAGAGGGUGUUUUAUAAUCUCAGAAUACUUAUAAAGACCAUGGUUUGAAUUCACUGCUAAAAAUUCUAACGAAAAAUAUAAAGCCACAUGCUACUGAAAAGACAAUGCCCAGGAAAGUUGUCCCACUUCACUUAAAAAAAAAAACAACAAACAGCAAGAGACUGCAGGUGCUGGUGAAAGGGAGUAACUGAGAGUGACUACUAAUGGGUUGGAGAAGGCAAUGGCACCCCACUCCAGUACUCUUGCCUGGAAAAUCCCAUGGAUGGAGGAGCCUGGAAGGCUGCAGUCCAUGGGGUCGCUGAGGGUCGGACACGACUGAGCAACUUCCCUU